CGGGGACGAGCUUUUGGAUUUUCUUAUGCUGAUGUAGAUCAUCCUGUUCAUGUUUUCCAUGGAACAAAAGAUGAUCGAAUUCCAGUUGCCGCAGUAAAGUGGAUGGAAGAUAAUAUGCCAGAUUGUAGGUUAACUCUUAUCGAAGGUGGAAAGCAUUCUUUAUUUUUACGUGCUGAGGUUGUGGACACAAUAUUCAAGUCCAUAGCAGCACAGCUUCAUGUAAAGGAUAAAUGUAGAUUAUGUAUGAUACCAACUAAGUGUUGGUUAAUGGAAGAAGUCGAAAACGAACGAAAGGAAAGGGAAUUACAAAUUCAAAGAAAAGUUGAGGCUUCCUUUGCAAAGUUAUCUAGAUCUCCAAGUAUAAAAACUGGUGGAAAUCAAGAUUAUUCUACAGAUAACCAAAGAUCAUCUGCGGACAGA